CCCGUUCCCUCCGGGCUCGCCGCCCUGUCCUCGCGCCGCCUGAUCUCCGUGUCCGGGCCCGACGCCGCCCGCUACCUGCAGGGCGUCAUCACGGCCAACAUCCUGGCCUCUCCCUCUCCGUCCCCAGGACAGCAGCCACACCAAAACGCCGCCGCCGGCUUCUACGGCGCCUUCCUGACCGCCACGGGCCGCGUGCUGCACGACGUCUUCAUCUACCGCGACACGUCCCGGCCCGACGGCGACGACGGCUUCCUGGUCGAGGUCGACGCCGCCGAGGCCGAGCGCCUCGAGAAGCACAUCCGCCGCUACAAGCUGCGCGCCAAGUUCGACGUGCGCCUGCUCGACCCCGCCGAGCGCCGCGUGUGGCAUGCCUGGGGCGGCGGCAGCGGCAUUCUCCUCUCUGGUGGGAACGACCACGCCGGCACCAUCGCCCUGCAGGACUCGCGCGCCCCGGGUUUGGGCUACCGGCUCGUCACGGCGGGGGGCUCGGAAUCACCUCCCGAAGUAGUAGAAUCAACAGCCGCCGCAGCAGCAACAGACGGCCUUGCAGUCGUCGACGAGCACGCCUACACGGUCUGGCGGUACCUACACGGGGUGGCCGAAGGCCAGGGCGAGAUGCUGCGCGAGCACGCGCUGCCGCACGAGAGCAACCUCGACGUCAUGGGCGGCGUCGACUUCCGCAAGGGCUGCUACGUGGGCCAGGAGCUGACCAUCCGCACCGAGCACCGCGGCGUCGUGCGCAAGCGCAUCCUGCCGUGCGUGCUGUACGACAGUUCCGACAACAUCCCGCAGCAGCUCAGCUACAGGCCCACCAUAACUGCUGGUGGUCCUGGGGAAGAAGACAACACGGCCUCCGCGGUGCUCGCCGAGACCAGCAUCGGCCGCGUCGGCAAGCGCGGCCGCAGCGCCGGCAAGUGGCUGCGCGGCGCCGGCAACGUCGGGCUCGCCCUGUGCCGCCUCGAGACCAUGACCGACGUGGCCCCGCUGCUGCUGCCUGGCGAGAUGGCCGCCGCCCCGGGCGCGUUCACGCCCGAAGACGAGUUUGUCGUUAGUACUACUGGGGAAGAGGAGGAAGACGGCAGGACACUUCGCAUCAAGGCGUUUGUGCCCGACUGGCUGCGG